UACAAAACCCCAGCAAGAGCUGGCGUGGCAGCUGUUUUGGAAGUUAAGGUUAACUGGCGCUCAACCGUUUUCACUUCUUUAUUAAAUAUGCGGGCACGGAAGGACAUAAGAUAAACUUCAGUCAGUCGCAUCUCAAGGUUCUUUAGUACUCAAAAACACUCCAAACUACAUCAGAAACAGCUGGAAGUGAAACCACAGAUGCUCCUUCCUCAUUUCCUUAUUUUAGCGCAUUUUUCAACAACAUGCAAGAGCAUCCUGUUUAAUGUGGUGCUGUGAAGGUCUGAAGUUUGGCUGUUAUAAACUGAGACAAAGAACAACUGCUGAUCAAUUCUAAGAGACGUCUUUUAGAAAUGCUGCAGAUGCAUCAAUCCUUUUACCCAGCAUGGGUCAUUCCUGUAUACAUCAUUAUUGCUGUGAGUCCACAUCAAUGCAUGGCUACCUGCAAUGUGCAAGAUGGCAGAGCUGACUGCAGUCAUCUCAGGCUGAGCUCAAUCCCUCAGGAUCUUCCCAGCAACAUCACCAGCCUGGACAUGUCUCAUAACAUAAUGACAGCGGCUCUCCCAGAGUCAUUAAAACGAUACUCAGGACUUUUGCACCUAGACAUCAGUUACAACAGCAUCAAGAACCUGGAUGUGGACUUGUGCAGGAACUUGCCUCAACUGCUUAUGCUAAACUUGAUGCAUAACGAAGUGCGUUUGCUGAAAAAAGAAGAUUUAAGCCACUGCUGCAAACUAACAUGGCUGAAUAUGGCCAGCAACAGGUUAAAGCUCCAAGGGGAACCCUUCUCCUUACUGAAGAGCCUGAAAUAUCUUGAUGUCUCUAUGAACAAACUGCAGUCAGCAAUGCUUGGCACGACCCCUCAGCUGCCCAGCCUGGAAACUCUCAAUCUUGGAUACAAUGAUUUCACCACUUUGAAGACAAACGACUUUUCUUUCCUGAGGGAUUCACCUUUUCUGCAAAAAGUCAGCCUGAUAUCGUCUAUGUCCUUAGAAAAUUUGGAGUCUGGUUGCUUUAAGCCAAUUUCAGGCCUUCGUGUGUUGUCCCUUGAUGAAAGUCGUAAGGGCAGCUUGUUCAUUUCCGCUCUCUGUACGGAGCUAUCUGGAACAGCAAUUGAUUUCCUGUCUCUUAGAAAAAUUUCGCUGCUGAAGCUUACCAGCCAAACCUUUUCAGGAUUGAAGGAAACAAACCUUACCUUUCUGGAUCUUUCGUCCAAUAGCUUAAGCAAAAUUGAAGAUGGCUCCUUUCAAUGGCUGUCUAGACUUCAGACUCUAAAUUUGACAGAUCAUAACAUUGGGCACCUAACAAAUGGAACCUUUCAAGGCCUUAAUAUGUUGAAAACACUACUGCUGUUGAAAAAGAAAGAUCAGAAAUCCCAUCUCCUUGUCGAUGAUUUCUCCUUCCAACCACUAAGCAAUCUUGAGAGCCUAAUAUUGCAGAACACUGCUUUGGUCAAAAUCUCAGAGAAUACUUUCAAAGGCCUGACUCGUUUAAAAAAGCUUGAUUUGAGCUGGAAUCCUCAAACAGAACGACAGCUCGCAGAUAAGACCUUCGUCUCUCUUUGUGAUUCACAGCUUAAAACAUUGAAUCUAAAUGGAAUUGCUUCGGCUGGCAUCAAACCUGGGAGCUUUUCCUGUCUUAAAAAUCUCUCUUUUCUUUUUCUAGAUCGUAACUUUAUUCGGCAAACAUUCCUUGGCAAAGAAUUUGAAGGUCUUUCUCAUUUACAAGAGCUUCACAUAAGCAAUAAUACUCAGGCCAUUUAUCUAACCCCUGAGUCAUUUGUAGGGGUGCCCAAUCUUAGAGUGCUGACCCUGGCGAAGAGUCUAACAGCCGAAACCUUGAACCAGGAUUCCUCUCCAUUUCGUCCAUUGUCCAAUCUCACUGAAUUGGAUCUAAGCAACAACAACAUUGCAAACAUCAGACAGAAUAUGUUAGAGGGGCUUGAGAACCUCCGGGUACUAAAGCUCCAACACAACAACUUAGUUAGGUUGUGGAAGCAGGCUAACCUUGGUGGACCUGUUCUGUUUCUCAAACAUACAUGGAGGCUGGAACACUUUACCAUAGAUUCCAAUGGAAUGGAUGAGAUUCCAAUUGAGGCUUUCAGGAAUCUGACCCACCUCAGGGAGCUUAGCUUGAGCAACAAUCUAUUAAACAAUUUUCAAGACUCUGUUUUCGAUGAUCUUACGUCGCUUGAAGUUUUACGUCUGGAGAAGAAUUUUAUCACUUCUGUCAGACCAGAAGUGUUUAGAACUCCCAUGCACAACCUCAGCCUCCUUGUCAUGGGUAAAAACACCUUUGAUUGCACCUGUGAAAGCAUCCUGUGGUUUGUCACAUGGUUGAAUACCACUAAUGCUACUAUUCCAAAUCUCAGAGACCAGUAUAUAUGUAACACCCCACCGCUUUACUUUAAUCGCUCCAUUAUGGACUUUGACCCUCUCUCUUGCAAAGACAUGACCCCAUUUCAGGUGCUUUACAUACUAACCAGCACAGCUGUUUUAUUGCUGAUGUGCAGUGCCUUUAUUUAUCGAUUCCAUGGCUGGAGGAUUCAGUUUUACUGGAACAUAAUGAUCAAUCGCAUAUUAGGGUUAAGUGAUGCCAGACUGGGGGAGGGCAGAGAGUUUGAGUAUGAUGCAUAUGUCAUCCAUGCUGAGGAAGAUGCCCGCUGGGUGGAGAGACGAUUGGUCCCUUUAGAAGACAAAGACUGCCAAUUUUUUUUGGAGAAUCGAGAUUCUGUCAGUGGCAUGUCCCAGCUUGAGUCCAUCGUGAAUAAUAUGAGAAGAUCAAGGAAAAUCUUGUUUGUGGUGACCGAGAGUCUUCUCAAGGAUCCCUGGUGUAGACGAUUUAAAGUCCACCAUGCACUACACCAGGUCAUUGAAGCCAGCAGGGACUCGGUUGUCCUAAUCUUCCUGCAGGACGUGCAUGACUAUAAGUUGUCGCACUCACUUUUCCUCCGUAGAGGCAUGUUGCAUCAAAGUUGCAUCCUGAACUGGCCUCCACAAAAGGAGAGGAUCCCAGCCUUUUACCAGAAGCUUCUUAUUGCCCUUGGAAUGACGAAUCGACUGCAGGAGUGACCUUUUUUUUUAUAAUUUUUUUUUAUUUGCCAUUCUUUUUCUUUUUUUCCUCUUCCCUUGCUUUGUAAAUAGUCUGCUUAGACAUCUAAAGAACUAUUUUUUAUCUACUUGUAAAGAGUGACUUAAUAUGACUAAAUUGCACUAUGGCAUCCCAGAAUGUAGACAGGCUACAUCUUGGAGGACAAGCAGAGAGCAUAACUAUGAUGAUUUAUGGAGGGAAUGUUUCUUUUUGUCUAUGGUUAGAUCCAUACUAGAUGCCAAAGAAGAGGUAUAAUCUGAGUUAUACCGCGUUGUGUUACCAGUUAUUUGAUACAUCUAUGUUGUUAAACUCUUUUCUCAAUUCUACAUUUAUUUGGAAAAUGAUGGGC